ACCAUUCAUUUUUGUCGAGCCGCGAACGAUAAGCCACGUGUGAUAAAGUGAAACUGUUUUAAAUAGUUAAGUGAUUUGGUUACAACCUUAAUUAUUAAAUGUUUUUAAUGUAUGUAGCAAAAACAUUUGAUAAAUUUAAAUAGAAAUGAGUGAAAUUAAGGACAAAUUUGAACUAGAUGAUGUUCUGGAUAAAUUUGGUGUUAUGAAGCGGUAUCAUUUAGAAAAGAUGAUAUUAAUUUUUGUAGCUUUCCUUGUUAACGAAAUUCAUUACACCAAUUAUAUUUUCGCAGCUGAAGAAGUCAGUUAUCGAUGUAAGGAUGGCCUCGAAGGUAAAUCUCACUGCAGUUUUAAUGAAAGUUAUACGUGUCCUGAAUGGGUGUAUGACAACAACGACAGCUUUUUUGCAUAUUUUCAGUUGGCUUGUCAGGAAUGGAAGAGAACAUUGGUUGGAACAAUACACAAUGCUGGUUACAUGUGCGGCCUAUGGCUAGUUGGGCCCAUGUCUGAUCGAUUAGGAAGAAAAACUAUAGCAAUCGCUACAUCGGUUUUGGGAGCAUUAUUUGGGACUUUGAGAAGUUUCUCAUACUGGUACUGGUUUUAUCUAGUUAUGGAAUUCUUAGAAGGAGCUCUUGGUGACUCUGUUUCACCAUUUUAUAUUUUGGCGUUGGAGUUGGUAUCACCAAAAAAAAGGAUUCCGUUUUACAUGUACUGCAGUUUUGGUUACUGUAUUGGAGGAAUUGUUGUGGCCCUUAUAGCAUGGGUGACACCAAAUUGGAGAUGGUUUCUGAGAGCGAUUUACUUACCAUCGUUCCUUUUUAUAUUUUAUUCGUUAUUAUUAGACGAAAGCCCUCGUUGGCUUUACACUAAAGGUCGUAGAGAUAAAGCUGAAAAGAUUCUAGAAAAUGCUAGCAAGAAAAAUAAAAUAGAGCUAGACAAGCAGGUUCUUGAUAAGCUUUCUUGUAAGGUUAGCCCUAAUGUGACUUUUAGUGAAUUACUUAAAAGUACGUUCAAAUCGAAACUUCUAAGGUGCCGUCUCUUAGUGUGCCUGGUCUGGUGGAUAACAUCUGCUCUCGUUAACUACGGUCUCUUAAUAAAUUCCGUUUCAUUACAAGGGAACAAAUAUAUAAUUUUUGGUGUAAUGUAUUUGAUUGAUAUUCCUGGAAUUUUAAUCUUUUGUUACAUUUGCAAAAACUUUAAAAGAAAACGUCCUUUGAUGAUAUCAUUUUUAGCAGGUGGAGUUUUUAGUAUAUUGCAACCGUUUGUACCAACGAAUUUUCCUUGGGUCUCUUUAAUAUUUUAUAUGACGGCCAAGAUGAUGUCCAUGCUUUACUUCAACCUCACAUAUCUUUACACAUUAGAGCUGUUUCCAACAUAUACUCGGAACUCUAUGCACGCGUUGUGCUCCUCCUUCGGCCGCCUUGGGUCAGCGCUAGCGCCGCAAACUCCGUUACUUGCAAUGUAUUGGAAAGGUCUCCCAUCACUUAUAUUUGGUCUCGCGGCAGUGAUCGCUGCUCUGGUCACGUGUUUCGUACCCGACGUAUCCAAUGAAUCGCUUCCGGAUACAGUCGAGCAGGCUGAAGGAAUGGGAACAACUAAGAAGACUUAUAUAUAAGGAUGAUAGGAUUGGAAUGCAUAUGUAGUUUAAGCAUUAGAGUAAUUAACUAUAAUACUAUAUAUCUCUGAUUGUACUAAUAAGUAAUAUUAAUAUCGAUGUAAGUACCUUUCAAUUUAAUUUACAACAUAAAAUCAGUUUAAAGUACUUUAGCUCUCUUGACGUUUUUUAUGCAUCUGAAAUUAAUAGAGAAUGUGCCUAUAUAUCGAUGUGAUAGAGAGGCAAUAUAUAUGAUACGACUGUUUUAUAACAAUGAACGACAAAUAUGAGAAAUAAAAAAGGACAAUUAACAAGCGAAGAUAUUUUGAAAACGAAUAAAUAUAAGUUUUACGUUCAUAUAAAUAUAUAUUAUUAUUAUAUAUCCUCAUCAACAUGAUUGGGAUAGAAUUGCAGUUUUAUUUCUUUGUCUAUAUUCAAUUAAAAGUAGUUUGAAAAAAGUGUAUUUUUUAGAAAUUUACCUGUCGAAUAGUCUAUAGAUUUUAGAGUCUAAAAUUCCACUGCUUGCACCUGGUUACAGUUCGAGAUAUUAUACGUUGUACUUUUUUUCAUCGAAUUUUUAUAGUAGUUCUUACAGAAAAAAUUAUCAAAAUAUGCUAAUGAUCGAAAUAUUUACAAUUCAGUUUCUAUUAAAUCUAG